CUUGUAACGAUAUCAUUAUUUCUUUUCUGUCUCUGAAAUCCACACCUGAUGAAGGAUGGGGAUAACCAGGUGGAAGGAACCGUCGGUGUCUCUCCAGCUGACGAGGCGGAGAUUGUGGAUAAGCACAACAGCCUGAGGAGAAAUGUGAAGCCGACUGCCAGCAACAUGUUGAAAAUGAGCUGGAGUAGCGAGGCUGCAGCUAAUGCUCAGAAAUGGGCCAACACUUGCUCCGAGAAGCACAGCCCUGCAGGACAGAGAAAGAUCAGCACUAGUGGCUGUGGAGAAAAUCUGUUCAUGUCCACCUACAAGAACAGCUGGAGCAGUGCUAUCCAGUCUUGGUCUGACGAGGCGAAAGACUGGCAAUAUGGAGUUGGACAAAUCCAUGGAAAAGAAGUUGGACAUUUUACACAGCUUGAAUGGUACCGGUCCAACCAUGUUGGCUGCGGUGUGGCCUACUGUCCCGGUGAAAAGUACAAUUACUUUUUUGUCUGUCAAUACUGCCCAGCUGGUAACUACCAGUUGGCUACACCCUUCAAAAAGGGACCCUCCUGUGGUGACUGCCCAGACUCCUGUGAAGACAGACUGUGCACCAACCCCUGUGAGUUCAUUGACAAGUACAGCAAUUGUCCUGAUCUGGUGAAGAAGUAUGGCUGCACCCAAAAGACACUGGCCACCUGGUGUCCUGCCAGCUGCAACUGCAGUGAUAAGAUCAUUUAAAUGCCUUGUGUCAUCAUGGUCUCUGACUUACUGUUUCAGUCAGUUUCAAUAAAAACACACAUAAUGUGA